AUGAUCCAGGACUCGAACUCACGAUCUCUCGAUCAGCAGUCGUACAUGCGAGCUACUGGCCUUUAUGGCAACGUAAUAGAGUGCGGCGCGGAGAGGGACCGCGACCCGUGCGGGUGCGAGGGAGGGCCCACGCUCGGGGUGUUGAAGGAAGUCCAGAAAGCCUACGAGGAGAGGAUGGAGGUCAUUAACAGGGUUGGAGGUUCGAAAAAGUUACAAAUGCAGGUAGAGGUACUGCAGUCGUGGGUGAGCGACCUGAUGGGACAGAACACAUUGUUGGCGCAAACGGUCGAGGAGUUGGAGACGGAAAUUACCACCCGAUUACUUCUUGAAAGAAGAAAACAUGCUGAGAUUGAAUGUGAACUGCGGUCAGAAGUGGGCACUCUCAGAAGGCAACUCGCUAGAAAGGAUUCGGAUCUGCGCGGUCUGCUGGAAGUGUUGCGUCGACUGCGGCAGUUCGACUACUGCACUAUAGACGGCAUACACUUCAAUGAAGUAACACAAUCAGAUAUAUUUGGUCCCGUACUGUGGGAACAUUCAAAUCUUAAUCAAGGCGAUACUAAGAGUGGUGAAUUCAAGCAAGAAGCAGGGAAAGGAAGAAAACCUUAUAAGUUC